AUGUAUGAAAACCAGAGUUCAGUUUCUGAUCUAUCACUAAGCCAAGCUUAUUAUGAAUAUGUCAAUAUUUAUCAUCACAUUACAUCUCUUUAUCUUAUUGACCAAGAUCCAGGGUGCACUAUUUUGACUAUUUAUGAUACUGAAAAUGAAAGAGAGGAUACGAAAGCAUUGAAAUUUUCAGAAAAAUUAGAUGAUGGAACAUGUAUUGCUCAGCUUCCAAAUGCAAAGCUGUUUUGUUUUGGUGGUGGCCAUCCAAUUACUGCUUUAUUUUUGGUCAUGAUGCUCCUCCUUGACUCAGCUCCUGCGCGUGCUCUGCCUAAGGGUCACCUUCCUGGGGUUUGCUGAGAGUUAAACUUCGAGCCUCUUGAUUUACUUGGAGCAGUGCCUCGACUUAUCUGUCAGAGCUAAACUGCUGUUGCAAUACAGAAGUUAUCAGAAAAAAAAAUCCCAUGAGGGAGAGAAAAUUAGCAGAGCUAAUUUCUCUUGAGUGCCAUUUUAUUUAUCAAUAGGCUAUCCAAUCACUGGAAAUUCCUACAUAAUUGAUAGAAAUUAUAAAGUUCAUUCACUAGCAUCUGGAUUUAGAAGUAAUUAUAAAUUUUAA